AAAAUUAAUAUGACCAUACAUUUGUAAAUACUUAAAUAAAUUUAGUAGAAUUACGACAAAUUAGUACAAUUCUUAUUUAACACUUGUGACGUAUUUACAUAUUUCUCUUAAGGGACCCAACAAUGAAAUGAGCCCUUCAUAACCCUUUCACUUUCCAUUGUUACAUUUAUUUUGGGUGAAGGGUACACCUGAUUUUUUUUUUCAGGAUGAAACAAGUCCUCGUCUUCCAGGAAGAAGAAGAAGAAGAAAACGUCACAAACCAAGCUACUUGUAAGGGCUCCUUAUUAAGGGCUCCUUUGUAUUUGUGUGUAAAAUAGUGUGCACAUUUUUUGCGAAAAAGUUGAAUUAUUGGCAAUUUUCUGGUUAAGAUUAUUUAUCUGGAAUGGAACCGUUUAAUAAAAGUACUAAUUUUGCCUCGUCCUCAAAAAAUUGGGGGCUCGCACCCCAAAUAUUUUAUCAGUGUAACGUUUGCAAAGUAAUUUUUGAACGGAGAGAGCAAUGCGUGACGCAUAAGGAAGAUAAGCAUGGGAGCAGAAUUGUGGGGAAAAAUGGCGAGUUAUCGACGUGCAAAUCAAGCAAUUCGUUUAAAAAAUGUGAAACUGGAAUGGAUUACAAGUUUGAUAUGAAUACGACUCCGGAUGUCGUAAAAUUGCACGGAUUGAAAAGGGCAGCUACGAUUAAAAAAAUGCAGUGCCAUUUUUGUCGCAUGGAGGUAAUCAAUUGGUACAACGAGCGUGUGGUGGGAUUGGACGGUGACCGGCAGAAUUCGGGACAUUGUUGCGAAAAAUGUUUAAAUUCGCAGUAUUUCUAAAUAAUUUUGCCUUAUGAUGACUCCCUUAUCUUAAAGUGGUUGUAUUAAAAAAAAAAGAAAAAUUAUGUAAGAUAUACUUUUGUCGUGGAUGUGGUACAAUUUUAUAUUUUUUUCGUCAUAUAAUUUUGGGCAUGUUCAAAAGUUCUUGCUAACAAAUGAAAUACAAUUGUAUGGUACCACAAAAGUUUUUCGACCGAGGACAUUAUCGCGAAAAAUGUUUGAAUUUCACCGUAUCAUUAACAAAAUAAAAAAAAAGCUGAAUCAUAAUUCUUAA